CCAGUUUCGGCGUGAGCUGGCAUCUGCACAUGGCCACAGUGGAGAUGGUGGUUUGAAGAAGAGGCCAUACCUUUAGACCCGUCAGCGCCAAUUUCUAAAGCCUAUUCUUGAUCUGAGGCCCGGGAGGAGAGAAAACUGUGGCAGCCUGUGUCAUAUAUUACUGCCUGACAAUAGAUGCUCAGACUGAGUUUACUGCUGAUGCCGGGGGUGGCCACCUCCCCAGAAUAGGAAGAACAGAGGAAAGGUCGGGACUCUUCCUUUUCCAGCUUAGUUUGGUAAAUAGGAGAAUAAGGCAAAGGAUCUGCUGCAGAGCAAGUAUGAAAGCAUCUAUGAAGAGAACAACCCACCCUCAUGAACAACAGGUACAGGUCACCUUUUAAAAGUAUGUGAAUUACUAAUACAAAGACGUUUGUGAAUCAUUUCUCCACAAGCUACAAGCAAAUAAAAUAGAAUAAAGGGCUACAAGAGAACAGUGAUUAUCAGGAAUCAUGGAGAAUGACAGCUCUACAAAGGGAAGAUAUUACAGGUACAAAGUAUCGCCUGGAGUAAAACAAGAACAGUAACUGUCAUUAAUUUAGAUAUCUCACUAGGAAUAGUAAAACAACCAUUCUUAUGUACGGAAGGAAUCAUCUUGUCUGGAAAACAUUUCUAAGCACAUUUAAAUGGAUGGCAGCCACAGGGUUCUGCCUGUCACCAUUCACCUUCUUGCCAACCCUGGUGACUCUGCUGUGUUUCGACAGGCAGUGAAGAGAAUUCUUCAGGGACUGUGUCUAGAUACUCAACUCUUUCUGGUGUCCGAAAGAGCAGCCCCAAUUCAAUUCUACGAAUAUCGAAAGAGAAGAUUUGAAUUUCCAGGGAUAUCUGUCAUACUCUUCCUCCGUGAAGACCUAGGGGAAGAAAGGAUAUCUCUUCUACAAAGCUUUUUCCAGCUACCCCCAUGGGAUCAUGUCAACACAGGGUUUGGCCAAGGACCAUCACCAUCAUGUCAAACUAGUGAUGACUUUUACUGUCUUGAUGUGCACAUGCCCGUGUGGGGAAUAAGACAGGUACACUAUGGCACAGAGAUCUUGAGAGUGACUCUGUACUGUGAUUUUGAUAACUAUGAGGACUCAGUAAGACUUUAUGAAAUGAUUCUGGGAAUGGAAGCAACCAGCCAAAAGAUUGGAUUCUGCUUCUUUGACUUGCAUUCUACUAAGCACACUUCCAUACAAUUCUCCUUAAAACAGUUGCCACCUGGUGUCUGUGCACAAGUCAAACAUGCCUGUGCUCUGCAGUUCACUAUACAAGCUAUAGGACAGCUGGUUCCCUUGUUGCCUUACCCUUGUGUGCCAAUAAGUGACAUGCGAUGGCAAACUCAAGACUAUGAUGGAAACAAAAUCUUACUUUUGGUAACUAGCAGCGCCACAGUGUCCCAAAGUGUUGAAAAUCCAGAGCCUCAGUCAAAUCCUUUAACUGCUCAGCUAUCAUCAUUAACGCAGCCAGUGAAUACUACACAAACAGGGGAUGAAAAUGUCAUAGGAAACCUGAAUCUCAAGCAGGUUUUAAAAAAGUCCUUCAAAAGACCAGAACUAAGACAAAACGUGUACAGCAUUACUGAUAACAAUCUUUCAAAACUGAUGCCAAGGACCCAUCCACAAAUAGAUGAGACAGAGACCAAUGUGGAUACUGGACACAGAGUUAUAAAUCUGAGGCACCAGCUGCCUUCUGUUAUCAGGAUGUCAAGGGAUCUACAAAAUAUUCCAUGGAAUAAAGAAAUUCAAGAUUUACCCUCCAAGAAAGGAGUCUCUAGUAGCCCUCUUGAUGUCAAAGGGAACAAAGAGACUGACAGCAGAACCAAAAUAUUUCCUUCUGAGAGACCUCAACAACUCCAUAGCAAUAGCAUGGCGCUCACAGAGGAAUUUUUCAUUUAAUGCUGCCUCUAAUCACCUUCUAUUGAAGGACUACCAUUUAUUGUCAUAAUAAGACUUAACUUCUUAAAGGGAUUAUAUUGCAGUAAUAAAUCAACGGGUCACCUUUUAACAGUUUAUGCAACAGGCUGCCUCCCCCUAGGGCCCUCUAUACAACACGUCCCAGGUGUAGGAAAUGCCAAGUGAUGUAAUGGUGUGUCCCAAAUAUCUCUUUAUGUGUGUCACGGGGCUCCUACCUGGAUACCGCUUGAACCCAGGCUUUGGCUCGGAAGCAAUAAAUAAGGGGAAUAAUUGAGGGAUAAAAAAAUAACUUGGGUCCAGACCUUGAGAUGAAGUUUAAUGGCAGCUUUACUUGAAUAAACGUUUCUCCAAACAGUUUACAGGCUUUGUCUUGGCUCCAGCAGGCUUUAGCAUUAAAAUUGCAGGCAAACUCAACUCUGCUUCCCUGACAAGCUUAAUUAGUGUCUUUGCUUUCUUCGUGAUGCUGUGCUUCACUCUUUGGUCGGGUUUAUGUUGAGCCAAGGGAUGUUGUAGAAUCCUGUGAGCUCCAACAUGGAGUCCCUACCAGCACACACACUACCACUAGCACUAGAACCAGUUCUAACUGGUCCACCCCCCCUUCCGCCGGGAAAUAGGACUCGCCCACUUCUCUCCAGAGGGGGGCUAGAAUGGAAUGGUUAGCUACAUUCUACAAAAUUACAGCUCUGCCGGGUUUGCUACCACCUGCUGGUG